AUGGUCGAUUCAUUUGGUAGCCUCGUGUCCAACUGCCAGGGGACAGCGAAGACUGAAUACGGCUCGUGUGGCACGUGCGCCACAGCUGUGGCGGAUAUCAACUCGCUCUGCGGCGGACAGCCUGCGGGUUGUGCUGCUGCCUGCACGACGGACCUACUUGACCCACUCAAGGAGUGCUCCGAAUGCAUCAACCUCAACGCAGACAGUGCAACGCCGGAUAGCGUUUCCCAGGUACAGGAUUUGCAGAACAGCAUGGACGCGCAAUGCAAGAACCAAGGGGUAAGCUGCACCGACCAGUGCAGUACGAUCCAGCCCCAGCUAGAGGAGCAAUGCGGCACCUCGAGUUUCAGCUUCUCUGGCUGCCAGAAUCUCUGCAGCACCCAGUUCAACUCGGCCUCAGCCUGCAUGUCAUGCCAGGAGGGGCCGGGCGGCGCCCUUACAGAUCUCCUAACGGUUGCCUGGGGCACCCUCCAAUUUUACUGCAAGGAUAGUUGUGGAUCGACCUGUAUGGAGGUGGUCGACAAGGUCAACUCAGAGUGCAUAGACGAUACGGCGUGCAGGACGGCCAUGUGCACGGACGACUCCAAGUCCAAGCUCGACCAGUGCAUCUCUUGCUUCCCGAGCGCACCCAUUCUUCAGUCUCAAAAAGACGAGCUGUCCACCCUCUCUACGGUCGUGGACUUGUGCAAAGCCGGAGCUGUAACGUGCGACGAUGAGUGCACCACAAUCCGUGCCCUUGGCGCUGAUCUCUGCGACGGAGUUGACACCGAGAAGUGCAAGGGCAUGUGUUCAACUGAGAAUCUGAACGCCGUGUCCAACUGCAACGUGUGCGUGAAUCACCCAGACUUUGCAGGGGAGGAAGGGGGCAAGGAGGGGUUUGGAACGUGGAAGGACACGCUCGAGAAUUGGUGCAAGACAGACGAAAAGACGGAUGGCUCAGGUGGUCCUGAUCCGCCGCCGCCGCCACCACCUCCAAUCUCGAUCUCGGUCUCAGGUGGCGGCGGCGGCGGAGGUGGAAGCGGAGGUGGCGGAACUGGCACCCGCGUGACCAUCGGUGCUCCGGCCGGUGCCAGCUCCACUAGACGUGCCACGAGCACCUCUGGACGUGCCGCGAGCACCACUGCCAAGCCGAAGAGCUCUGCUCAGGCAAUCGCUAUUGACCACACUGGUGCUGCCCUUGGAUUCGUGGCUGCAAUCCUUGCCUUCGUGGCAGUUUGA